AUGUCAAAAUUAAUACCAAAAUUAUUUAUCUGGUGUCCAAUAAGACAUUACGGUUUGACUAUUUUAUGUCCUAUUCAUGGCUGUCCUCUGAAAGUCGGACAGUGGACCGAUCUUCCUGACUCCUCCAACACAAGUCCAAGAAACCCAAGAUUGAUUUACGACUUGAACGGAAAUGUUAUUCUGGUGCAGGCGUUCUAUGAAUGCAGUGAAAGUUUGCCAGAAACCGUGAUGAUUGGACAUCGGUAUUUGUCCGCAUCAAACGAUGUGUUAGGCGCUCUCCCUGAAAGUGUUGUUAAGGGAUUUCCUCUUAUAAUGCAGCAGAGAAGCGGUUUUACGCUGCGUCUUUAUGAUUAUUUAAUAACUGGUAUUUAUCAAGGACAAAACUUCAUGGAAUUAUCUGAAGGCAUUGCAUCAAUGAAUUACAGACAGUACAUGCGUAAUAAACCGGACAGCAAAGAGUUAUCUGUAAAGGAGUUUGAGAGUAUUCCUUUCAUUGCCUAUCCAAGCAACGAUAAACUGAUGGAUUUGUUUCUCAUGCAGUUUGAGCGGAACAAAAAACGUUAUGAGAAUAACAUGCAGAAACACACAGGGGAGAUUCUGUCCUGUGACCACACCUUUACAACGAGUAAACAUAUCGGGGUAACCCGCGAGGACGGCAAGUUUGUAGGCCAGUUUAAAAACGUCUUCUUGGGGGUGAACGAAAACGGAGAAGUUAUGAUAUGGAAGUUUACGAAGACGACUUCUUCGUCCGAAAUUAUCGACUCACUUAAAGAACUCAAAGAGAGGCUUGAUAAGGCAAGCACUAACUUAAAAAUGAUAAUAGUGGAUGACUGUUGCCACGUGAUGCACCUAUAUGGACAAAUAUUCCCGGGGAUAAAGGUUCGGCUAGACUUAUUUCACGCGUGUAUGAGAGUUGUACAAACGGUACCCAAAAGCGAAGAUUACAGUAAACAAUUUGCUAAUGAAUUUUCUUUAAUUUUCCGUCAAAAUGGAGACCUUGGUAACGAGAGAACAAUGAGCACACCUUGUCCUGAUGAAAUAGAAUCAAAUCUUGAACGUCUUCUAUUUGUUUGGAGAGAAAAGCUGAAAACGGAAACCCUUCUUCAAAUUGAAAAUUUGCGCAAGCAUAUAAAAAAAGGAUGUCUCUCGGAAAUACCUGUUGGAUGUGGGACUGAAAUAAAUGAGCGACUUCACAGACAUCUUAACCGAUCAUUACUGUGCGGAGUAUCCAAAAUUGGACCUGAGUUGGCGGUAGCGGUAAUGGCGUGUGCUUUGUAUGCAUGGAAUUGCAAACGAAGAUUAAAAACAACCCUCAAUAAGAGAACAAUUCCGAUCACGCCAAUUGAAUUAAAGCCUUUAGAGUCUUUAAACCAAGCGACCCCUUAUCUUCAGUCUCACAUGACGGCUGUGGAUUCUACGUCAACGUCAUUACCGGGUUCAAUAUCUGGAACUGUCUCUGAAAAUAGCAGUAAGGCUAGUAGAAUGCCAGGGACAUCAUCCGUUUUCGUCACAGUUAAGACUGUGGAAGAACUGGAAAACGAUUCCGUCUUGAACUACAUUUUGGAACGAGCGCUGCACAUACAAGAAUUUAUCACCAGUUGGACAACAAAAUGUAACAACAAAACAAUAGAUUUGAUUGGUCUUCUCUGGAAGAUAAACUUACCGGCAGGUAACCUUUAUGAACAGGAGUCAAAGUUAAACGUUAUGGAAUUAAAUUUGACCCCACAGCACAAAGAUAACCUGUUAAGAAAUCUCACAGGAUUUAAUCUUCAGUUGGACCCAAUUAACAAAGACGGAAACUGCUUCUUCAGAGCAACAGCCCGGCAGCUAAAAAAACACUUGCAACGUUCGGAUUUGCAAAAUCUACAGCGUAUUUCCUCACUGGGGCUUGGAAUCAACGAGGAACGUGACACGGAAAACCUCAGACUACUUUUCGUGCGUGAAGUCACUGAAAAUCUCGAUGAAUACAGGGAGUGGAUGUCCUGUUCGUCAAAUGUACGGGAAAUUGAACGUUUUAAAACUGAUGGCCAUUUCGUAAGUGACAUUGGCGACAUCUGUACUAAGGCAUGUGCUAAUCUCCUCCGUGUCCCGAUCAUUGUAAUUACAGCUUUGCCUAAUGUCCCAUCCAUUCCAUUUUUACCAAAACAUUUCAUCACUGCUGUACCUAUGUAUCUGGCGUACGACCAUUCAGGUCCAGGGCAUUAUGACGCUACAAAAGGUAAAUAAGCAUGCAUAAGGCAUUAAGACGGAAUCCACCAGGAAAUUGAGUAAUUUAAAUUUUCAUUGUACAAAAAUACCAGAAUAAUUCAAACAACAUCGCAUUCUUUUUUUAUAUUUUCAAGGGCUAUGGAUGCAAUUAGUUAUCUGUAACACCAAAGAAUGUGAAAAGAAAAUGUCUCAUGAGAGCCAGAGAAAAUAAAUGUCAAAUUUCACAAAAUGACACCUUACACGUGAAAUUUUCAGAACUUUACCUGUGUUUCACAAUUCUCGUGAAAUUUGACAUUUAUUUUCUCGGGCUCCCAUCAGAAAUAGUCUUUGGUGUCAUUACAGAUAACUGUUUAUAUAUCCAUAGCCCUUGAAAAAUGUGAAAAAGAAUGCGAUAUUAUUUAAAUUGUUCUGGUACAAGGUUUUUGUUCACUGAAAAUCAAAAUUACUCAAUUUCCCGAUGGAUUCCGUCUUAAGCCUAGUUUAAGUGUAGCACGUUUGCUUGGAUGAUUUUGUUAUUGGCAUUUGUACGUUUUCCUGCCCGUGUGUGUUUAUAAAGGUCUUCUAAAUAAGCAAAUAAAUAUAUAAAGAAAUAAAUAACAAUUUAGAGGUAGCACAUCCACAAAGUGGUUCUUCUUCUACCUGAUUCCUGAUCGAAUUGGGAUCUGGAAAUGCUACCGGCAAAAAAAAACUCUCGGAGCAAAGGAGAGGAAGAACAACAAACUCAACCACAUAUGGCGUCGACGCCGGGAUUUAAAACCGGGCCACACUGGUGGGAGGCGACCGCUUUCACUACUGCGAGCUACUGCGCCAUCCCAUGCUCUCCGAACUCGUUAUUACCUAUUGGAUUGGCAAUCACUCAAUCAUAAAUAUCAAAGAAGAUACUCUCUUAUUUACAGAUGAAGAAAAAAACGAGUAUCUAUUAUUUGAAACGUGGAUAUCUUAAAAAUCAACUAGUCCAUAGGAUAAUAGUAAUUGUAAUAAUAAUAAUUAAUCAUGAUGAUGAUGAUGAUGAUGAUGAUGAUGAUAACAACGAGGGUUACCAUUCCUUUGAGAGGUUUUACUUACACUGUAUUUUUUCUCUGGUAUGUUUCCAGAAUUUCUGAAUUCGAAUGAUGAAACGGAAGGAAAUGACACUAAAACCAGAUGUACCUGUGGCAAGAAUGUUAAAGACCCUUCCAAAAUGGCUUGCACAUCUUCUAAACGGUCCUUGUAA